AGAGCCAAUUACCCAAACCCACUUGAAAUCAUCAAUUAAUUUCAUCUCUCUCUACCAUCUCUCUGUCCCUCUCUAUAUAUUAUCUCAAAAUUAAUAAAUAUUGUUGUGAAUGGACGAAAGAGAGGCUCCGAACAAGAAAGGUGUGCAAAGGCAAAGGCAAAGGCAAAGGAAGACAGGCAGCAGUAGCAGGGGCAAAAGUGUAAAUUCAUCUCUGAAGGUGGUGUACAUCUCAACCCCAAUGAAAGUGGAGACAAGUGCCUCCAGAUUUAGGUCAUUAGUGCAGCAGCUCACCGGUAAGGAUUCCGACAUCUCUCCUCAUUAUUACAUGGACGACCACCGGGACGCCGCCGUCAAUUUUAAUCUCGUCCAACACUCGCCGCCGCCGCCGGCAAAAUCCUCCGACGACUCUUCCGAGAAUUCCGCCGCCGCCGGCCGGGACUCGUUGGCGGCCGACGACAGCCCAAUUAUGGACGACGAUGAAUUUCUAGGGUUUCUAUCCAACGAGUAUUUUUCGUCGUCCCUUGAUACUAGUACCGCGUUUGGAAGCUACCAUCAGUUACUAUGAGUUGAAUUCCCAUUUUUGUUGUAAUUAAUUAACACAAACAAACGCGCCUACAUUACAUAUGAUCAUAUAUAAGUAUAUUUUUAGGAUUAA